UUCUCUCUCAGAGCAGUGGCUCUUGACUGUGGUGAUUUCAGUUCUCGGAAGGAAAAGCUCAGAGCAUCAGUUUGCUUCAGAAGACCGUGAACUAAAGGGGCUUUGCCUCUGGUUGUAGUUAAAAGGCUCAAAAUGCAGUACCUCUGAUUCCUUUCCAAGCAAAAUGUAUGUCGGCUGAUUUUGUCAAUAUUUAAUAUGAAAAGGGAAAGAAGGCUGGUCAAAGCAAGGGAGAGGAAGUGUUGUGUGGAUUUUCCAAAAGCUUGCAGUUUCCUCAUCUUGGCUUUACCUUGUAACAGCAGGAUACUUAUUGACAGAGGCAAAGACUCAUUGAUCCUGGCUUACAUUUCAGUGUCACUUCAUUAAUGGACCACGGAGUGUUUCAUGAAGGAUAAAACAAAAACAUUCAAGGGCCUGGCAUGGAUCCGUCUGUUGCAAACAGCAGUAAGUUGCAGUUUUCACACUUUGAAUCCUGCUUGCCGUCUGUUCCUGCAAUCUUCUUCCUCAUCACAGCUUACGCUGUAGUCAUGCUGGUGGGGCUCCUUGGCAACCUUUGCCUAAUUAUUAUCAUCAGGAAACAGAAAGAAAGCCAGAAUGUCACCAACAUUUUGAUCGCCAACCUCUCCCUAUCCGACAUUUUCGUUUGUGUCAUGUGCAUCCCUUUCACUGUUGCGUACACUUUGAUGGAUUACUGGGUGUUUGGAGAAGCCAUGUGUAAAAUAUUUAAUUUUGUACAAAGUAUGUCUGUCACUGCCUCUACAUUCUCACUUGUGUUAAUUGCUGUCGAGAGGUAUCAGUUAAUAGUAAACCCACGAGGUUGGAAGCCUAGUAUUUCACAUGCAUUUUGGGGAAUUAUCUUCAUUUGGGCCUUUUCUAUAAUACUGUCGACUCCUUUUUUUUUAUUCCACCAAGUCACCGAUGACCCCUUUAGAAACCUUUCUUCCCACAGUGAUAUUUAUAUGAACAAAGUUGUCUGCGUUGAAGUAUGGCCAUCCCUUGAGGAGAGGCGUAGCUUUACCACAACAAUGUUAGUUUUCCAGUAUUUCUUACCACUAGGGUUUAUUUUCGUCUGUUACAUGAAGAUAUUUAUGUGCCUUCAGAAGAGGCAGAGUAAAGUGGAUAAGAUAAGGGAGAAUGAGGUCAGGCUAAAUGAGAGUAAAAGGAUUAAUAUUAUGUUGAUUUCAAUUGUUGCAACCUUUGGGGCAUGUUGGUUACCGCUGUACAUAUUUAACGUUGUGUUUGACUGGAACCACGAGGCCCUGAGCAACUGCCACCAUAAUGUGGUCUUUACUUUGUGUCAUUUGGUAGCCAUGAUUUCGACGUGUGUCAAUCCAAUCUUCUAUGGAUUCCUCAACAAGAAUUUUCAGAAAGAUUUGGCUAGUCUGCUUCACAAUUUCAAAUGCUGUGAAUCUCAAGGGUUGUUUGAGAACAUCGCCCUUUCAACUCUGAACACUGAUGUGUCAAGGGGAUCCUUUAAGCUGAACAACAUGCCUUCAAAUAUCUGAAACGGGCAACCUUUGAAUCAUUUACAUGUCUUUGUCAUGAAUUACUGUAUUGCCAAGUUACUCAUAUGGAAGUGUGGCCUUCUGGCUCUUGUCAGCAAAGUCCUGUUCUCAAAGUGAAAUCAAGAGCCUACCUGAAUAUUAAUGUAUCAUUCAAGUGAAUAAAACAAAUUGGAUUAAUAAUAUUUAUUAACAACCCCAUAUUUAUUAAAGACCUUUUACAGGAGCUUCCAAUGUUGCAGUGCUAGAAAACUGGAAGUGUGGGAAGGAGAAUCUGGAAAAGGAGAUACCACUUGGAUUGGACGAUGAUGCAAUAUCCUGUGUGGGCUGUAUCACCUGUAUUUUCCUCAUGGUUCUCCUGGUCUGCCUGAAUCAGUACUUCUGACAAAGGCCCCUUGACUACCUGAACAUAAUACCAAUAAUUAGUCUCUUAAGCAACUGACUCUUAUUCUGCUCACAUAACUACUAUGUUGAAUACAACCCAUCAUCUUGUCCUCUGAUAUGUCAUUAAUAUGUCAUUCUGACAGGUGCUGGAUUGUAUCAAACGCAAUAACUGCAUGCAGGACAACUUCUGUGAGUGCAAUGGAACAAGCUCUCCACCCCCCCCCCCCAACACACUCCCUUUCCCAAAUCUGCUAUGGAUUUCCCCCCAAUGCUCUGAGUCCCAUCAGUGGAAGCCCGGCACAAGGAUCUAUAGCAGCGAUAGCUUAGUCAGUUUGAGCCCCACCUUGGGCAAAGGAUUCCUACAUUGCAGGGGGGUUGGACUAGAUGCCCCUUGUGGUCCCAUCCAACUCUACAAUUCUAUUAUUCUAUGCUUGUCCCCACUCUCCCUCAUCACAUGAUGGAUUAAAACCCCUGGAUACUGCUUGCGUAUGGUAGAAAUUCCCUGCCAACCUAGCAGUUCAAAAGCACGUCAAAGUGCAAGUAGAUAAAUAGGUACUGCUCCGGCGGGAAGGUAAACGUGUUUCCGUGUGCUGCUCUGGUUUCACCAGAAGCGGCUUAGUCAUGCUGGUCACAUGACCAGGAAAAACUGUCUGCGGACAAACGUCGGCUCCCUCGGCCAGUAAAGCGAGAUGAGCACCGCAACCCCAAAGUCAUUUGUGACUGGACUUGACUGUCAGGGGUCCUUUACCUUUAUGGUAGAAAUGUUUGAACACACAUCCUCAAUCUUGAAAUUCAAUGAAUAUGUGUUCUGACCACUUCCACCACACUUUGCAAUGUAUGUCUGCCUCUAGUCUGACCACUAUUGUUGAAAACAAUGUGAGGAAUGAUCAGGGUUCUUUUCUUUCCAAUUAAGGUAAUUCUGUUCUUUCAUUCAUAGACAUAGUUGCUGUAUUUUUACUAUGCUGCUUCCUGUGUCCUGAAUAGCAGCCUGACAUGCAAAAUUAAAGAAGCUAAAGAUAAAGAGAUGGGGGUGGGUGAUUUUACGUCCUAAAUGUCUGCAUGUCAAGCUAGUAUUCAGGAUACAGGGAAAGGAUGACGACUUGAAAUUCUACUGACAGAACUGUUGCCCUAUUUAUAUAACUCAAUAGCAUAUCAUUGAUUUCUGUGGCAUUUGCUUUUGAAUAAGUAUACCUAGGAUUGCAGACUGGGAGAAUUUAUGUUAUAUUUCAUCCUAUAAUAAAAUACAGGGGACCCAGGUGGCGCUGUGGGUUAAACCACAGAGUCUAGGGCUUGCUGCUCAGAAGGUCGGUGGUUCGAAUCCCUGCAACGGGGUGAGCUCCUGUUGCUCGGUCCCAGCUCCUGCCCACCUAGCAGUUCGAAAGCACAUCAAAGUGCAAGUAGAUAAAUAGGGACUGCUCCGGCGGGAAGGUAAACGGCGUUUCCAUGCACUGCUCUGGUUCGCCAGAAGCAGCUUUGUCAUGCUGGCCACAUGACCCGGAAGCUGUCUGCGGACAAACGCCGGCUCCCUCGGCCUAUAGAGCGAGAUGAGCGCCGCAACCCUAGAGUCAGACAUGACUGGACCUGAUGGUCAGGGGCCCCUUUACCUUUUUAUAAUAAAAUACAGGAACUUGUAAAAGAAGUUCAUUUUCCUGCAACAAUUCAUCGUUUUUAAUGUAAAAAGCCUACCUGUGCUGCCCUCGGACAGGGUGUAAAACGGCAUCAAUAUUUUUCAUCUGCAGCUGAAUUGCUGUAUCUUUGAAUGACCACAUUAUUUUCUAAAAAGGAAUACCUGCUUUUCUGUAUUUGUUUGAAAACAUGAAUGUGACAGAAAUGUUUCCAAAACAGCCAUUAGUUUAAGACAGAUAGAUUGGAGCCAGCCACAAGAAGCUAUCCUAACUGUUUACAAGGCAAAGACAGGUUUGAACUGCUUAAAAGAUCAUGAAUCCAAUGGAACUCUGAAGAGAGAAAUCCAGUUAAAGUGAACCCAUAUAGAACAUUUCAGACAAAUACAGAGUGAAAAAAGAAUCUAAUAACAUGAACACUUCAUACCUGAGUGCAAACUAUAUUUCUAUGAGAAGCAGCUGCCUCAUCUAACCUCUAUGUGACUUCAGACUGGUGUUAUUGACAAAUAAUGGUACAGUAAUAGUAUCUGUGGUAAUGUACAUUUGACUGGAACUGUUUAGGUGUCAUUUCUAUUCAUGAUUCUAACAACAUGUUUCAACUGUGGGCAACUGUUGGUCUUUACAUCUAUUUUUUUGUAUACCAAAUGUUGUACAACUUUAUAUUAGUCUCGUGGUUUUCGAGUGCUAAAUUUUGUAAGCCAUUGUAAGCCAUAUAAAUAUUCACUCUGAAAUAUAUCAAAUAUAUCAAAAUAAAGAUUGCCUUGCUAAGGAUUCAUAAAUGCCAGGACUAUGACCAGGCUCCAAAUAAGUAACUGUAUUACUUUUUAGGACUCCAAGUGAGCUUCACACCGCAAUCCUAAGCAUGUUUACUCAAAUCAGCUGAUGGAAUGAAAGCUGUCUAUCUCACCUGGGAGGUUCAACAUAAAAUGAGGGAAAGGUACAGGAGGAAGCAAGACUGGCUGGCAUUCAACCUUAAAUAUAUUUACAGUGGUACCUCUGGUUACGAACUUAAUUCAUUCCGGUGGUCCGUUCUUAACCUGAAACCGUUCUUAACCUGAGGCACCACUUUAGCUAAUGGGGCCUCCCGCUGCCGCCACGCUGCCAGCACACGACUUCUGUUCUCAUCCUGAGGUAAAGUUAUUAACCCGAAGUACUACUUUGGGGUUAGCAGAGUCUGUAACCUGAAGUGUUUGUAACCCGAGGUGUUUGUAACCCGAGGUACCACUAUACCUGCAAAUCAGUUGACAAGUUAGUGUGCUUAAGGUCACAACCCAAAGACCAAAGUGUGUACUGUAUAGUUAUAAUUAUAGCUGUCCAUUAUUUAACAUUUACUAAAUGCCAACAGAGGGAUAGAGCAGGGUUGGGGAAACUGUGGCCCUCCAUAGACUACAUCUUGCAUCAGCCCCACUCAAUAUGGCCAGUGGUCAAGGAUGAUGAGGGUUGUCUUCCAACACUUUCAAGAUGGCAGCAGGUUCCCUAUCCUUGUGCUAGAAAUGUGGAAACAGAGCUGAUUGUCUCUUUAAGACCCACCCACACUCCCAUUUCUCCUGUGAUUUCAAGUCACAGGUCUAAGAGGAUUGGUUUUUUGGUCCCACUGAAAACCUGCUGUUUACUGCUGAAUUGAAAAAAAAAAAACAUUAAUCCACAGAAAACACAGAGGUGGGAUUUUAAAAAUCCCUUUCAGACCUGUAACUUGAAAUCACAGGACAAAGUGUGGAUGGGCCCCUAGUUUCAGGCCUCUUUUAAUUUGGGAGGUUGUAGAGCCUGGAAGUGAAAAGAUGGAGUAUAUCCAUUGUAGCACCUUUGGAUAUAUUAGAAAGAUUUUUAAUAUCUAUCUCCUGCAAGUUUUGCUUGCUUUUGUUCAGUACAACUUUAAUGGAUAGAAACAAAAUAAAAAACUUUUAAAAACUUUUUUUUCUUCCAGUAUCACCUCAGAGACCAACUAAGUUUGUCAUUGUUUAUCCAUAAGUUUAAUGGAUAGGAUUGCUUAUGACUAUCAGUGGUCGUUAGUUAUGUAAUGAGCACAUAUGAUAGCAUUCCUAGCGUAUAUUUUCAGUGUGUUAGUUUGUUGCUGUAUUAUUGACAGAAGGUAAAAGCAGAGUGGAAAAAAAUGUCUGCCUAUUGCGCUAAUGCAUUAUACGCUCCUGCUCUGGGAAGCUCAUUGUUAAGCAUUUCAAAUGGCAUUAAGUCUAAAUAAAUUUCCAAGUUUCAAAUCCUGCCUCUCCAGCUGACUGUGAGUUUUACUCCUGACUUGCAGAAACUCAGAAGUUUCGCUUGUGGGCACAGAGUAUCUUGCUCCAUCGCCAUCACACAUUCUAAAUGAGACUCGCACUGUUUUCAGGUGGGAUUCGAUCACACAUUAGCAAAUUCAGAUCACACAGUUGAAGCUGUUAUGGUGCUGUUGCAUAACAAAUCCACUUCUCUGCAAAACGGGACUGUCUUCAUCUUAAGAAAUGUAUGGGGAAAUGCAUUGGAAAAUGUGGGGUAACGUUUGCCUCUUGCAAUGUCA